AAAAAUAAUCUUAAACCCUCUUUUAACCCCUUAUCCAAUAUAUCAACCAAACUUGGCAAAAACCUGUCUCUACUUCACUAAAAAUGGUGGCCACAAAGCUUCUCCAUCUCAAACCAAGCUCUUUUCUUCCUUUCUCAAUCUUCUACCCCAAACUCUUCCCUUUCUCUCUUCCCAAACCCUCAUUUCUUUCUCUCUUCUCUUCCAACCAAACCCAAACUUUCUCUUAUGGCCCUUCUCUUCAUAAAGGCAAAGUCCCACCCAAAACCCCGUUUGAGACCCAAACUCAAAUUACCCAUCAAUCAGAAGAAGAAGAAGAAAACUCCUUUGAUGAACAGCGAUUCACUAGAAUUUUUCAUCUGGCAGCCCUCCGUGUCCCUGCAAAUGACUGUUUUGCCCUUGAGAACCGUCUCAGGGGUCACCUCUUGAACUGGCCAAGAGUUAAGAACAUUGCCAGGGUUCCAGGAGACGAAAUCGAAGAAGAAAUGAUGACCCUUUUUGAUAAAAGAAAAGAUGGCGAAGAGAACGAUGAGGAGGAGGAGGAGGAUGGAGAGAUUGAAUCUUUGGUUUUGUAUAGGGAGAAGUUGGUGAAGGAGUUUAACUAUAGGGGGUUUGUAAAGUUUAAGAAUUUGGCUAAGAUUUCGAGGCCGGGGAAGAAGAAAAGGAAGGAAAAGAAAUGGGAUGAGGGAAGGAAAGGAAAUGAGAGGAAAGAGUUUUCCAUUGUGGAAGUUUUGGAGGAGGAAGGAGAAGGAGGUGAGGAGGAAAUGAAAGGGUUGUUAGGAGAGGAGUUUAAAGGGGGGAGGAAAUGGAAGGGUUCAACAAGAUUGUUGCUUUUGGAUGAGAGGUAUGGGGAUAAAAGAUUGGAGGAGCUGCCUCAAGCAAUUAAGGCUGUAUUGGUUGAAGAAACCAGGGAGAAUAGAGCAUCAACUAUAGAGCUUGUGAGGUGCAAGCUGACUCUGUUUUAUGAUUAUUGGCAGAUGAAUGAGAUCUUGGAGGCCCUGUUACCAGAGGGCAUAAUUAUCCCUUCAGCUUUUGAGACAGUCGGUCAUAUUGCGCACUUGAACCUGAGAGAUGAACAUAUACCAUACAAGAAUGUUAUAGCAAAGGUGGUUCUGGACAAAAACAAGCCAAAAAUACAAACAGUUGUAAAUAAGAUUGAUGCCAUUCAUAAUGACUACAGAACAAUGCCGCUUGAGGUUUUAGCCGGGAAUUGCUCCUUGGUGACUACAGUAGUUGAGAAUGGACUGCGAUUUCAUGUUGAUUUAGCAACAGUGUAUUGGAAUUCACGGCUGGCAACCGAGAGACAGAGGCUUCUGAGUUCCUUCAAUCGCAAUGACGUCAUCUGUGAUGUAUUCUCUGGGGUUGGUCCAAUUGCUAUAUCUGCUGCUAAGUUAGUAAAACGCGUUUAUGCUAAUGAUUUGAACCCUUUUGCGGUUGAUUAUCUUGAAAGAAACAGUGUCCUUAACAAACUGGAGAGGAAGAUUAAGGUCUUUAACAUGGAUGGAAGAAGGUUCAUCAACGCUAUGUUUUCUAGUGAGAAAGCUCAUUCCAUCACACACGUAGUAAUGAAUUUGCCAAAUGAUGCAGCAGAAUUUCUAGAUGCAUUCAGGGGAGUAUACAGAGGACAACCUAGAGAUAAAGAAUUCAACUUCCCAAUGAUUCAUGUUUAUGGAUUUUCUAAGGCUCGAGAUCCUGAGUUCGACUUUCAUGAGCGGAUGCGAAUCGCCUUGCAAGAGGUUGCGGUUAACGUCGAUAUGCGUAGGGUACGGCUUGUUGCACCUGGAAAAUAUAUGUUAUGUGCAUCAUUUAAACUUCCUGAGAGUGUAGCCUUUGCAAAAUGUAUGAUCAAUUUGUAAAACAGAGAAUGUCAAU